UCCGGAUGACUUUUUCAUUCGUUCAUUUUCCAAAUGCAGCCGGCAACGGUAAAAACGGAGACGUUUUUUUGUAUACGAAAGUUCGCAACCGAGAUUAAUAGGACGUUCAUUUCGAAGAUUUUUCAGAUGGAAGAACCGAUACCGAAGAAAUUCUUGACGUCGAACAACUCGCGCAGUUUGGACUCUACCCUCAGUGGGGGUCAGAGGUCCAAUCAGCAGCAACCGUCGGAGAUGGAGAAGCUGAGGAGACAGUUGGUUUUGGCUCGUGGUGAAAAUUUGACCUUGCAGAAAGAACUGUCGGCGGCUAUGAAAGAGGACGAGGAUAACAGAGAAAAGAUCUCGGAACUUACGAGAAAAUUGAGGGAGAUUGAGAAGAAACAAGAACAGAAUAAACCGAUGAAAACAAAAAAGGAUAACAAAAUAGACGAUGUGACAACUUUAGAACAGAAAGUUCGAAGUUUGGAAGUCAAAAAUCGAGCUCUCGAAGAUAAACUGAAGAGAUUGGAGGAAGACAAGGAUAUCAACAAGGAAAAACAAGAUAUUAUAGAGAUGCAAAAAGCCAAAAUCAACGAACUGGAAGAAAUGCUCAGGGGAAAGGAGAAAUCUUCGUACGUUUUCGAUAAAAUCGGCGAUGCUAGCGUUAACAAGAAGGAGAUAGAAUUCCAGAAAGUCAUGAACGAAUACGACACAUUCCUAAGAAAAAUAUUGGCCGAGAGACAAACGUUGAUAGAAGAGAAAAACACCGCCCAAAAACAUCUCGCCAAUCUUGAAACCGCCUUCAACGAUCUGCUCCAAAAAUACGAACGCGCAAAGAAGGUAGUCGAGGGUUUCAAAAACAACGAGGAGAUACUGAAGAAACAGAUACAAGACUGGAACAAGAUGCUGAACAUAUUCAACAAGAAGUACAACGAUCUCAAAGCCUACGCCGAGAAGAAGAUCUCCGAGGCUAACACGGCCAUAUUGAAAAGCGACAAGGGGAACAUAGAGGAGAUGGCGAAGCUGAAGGCGAAAAUUUUACAGAGUCAAGUUAAGAUAAACGACUUGGAGAAACACAUCAAACCGAACGAGCUGGAUAACGUUUCGUUGUUCGCGCCGCUCAAGAACAACCUGCGGAAGAAACACUGACUAGACGUGCAUUUCAUAUUUACCUGAUAUAAGAAUUCUAUUAAAAUGUUUGUACCCCA